CUUCAUUUAAAUGUGGGAAGGUUUAUCGCUGUUCCACAUGACUUCGGCGAAGAAAAGAAGUUACCAAUAAAGUUUAAGGUGAAAUCGCGCAAAGAGAUAUUGCGAUUUUGGCCAGAUGAUAGUAUACAAAUUCUGAAAAUUAAAGAGGGUGGCUGGUUUACUGCAAAUAAUUUGACCUUUCCAAAACAAAAAGUUGGCCUAAUACAUCAGCAAAACUUGGACGUCUCUUCAGAAACAAAUGUACCAACUUUUAGAAAUGAAAGGUUAGCCAGUGGGAGCGAUAUUUACGAACCUAUAGAAGAUGUUUAUAUACCUAUGAAGGCAGAGGAAUGGUUCGACAAACCCAUACUGCCAGAUGUUUUGUUAAAAGCUUUCAAAGAAAAUAAUGGAGAUAAAGCGAGCGACAUUGUUUCUUACACAGAAGACGAUUUGCUCAAACCUCUUGAAUGCAACGCACAGGAUGGAAAAGUCAAAGUGAGCAAUAUUAGAAGUGGUGAUACAGGAUACGUGUUUGUAUGUGAUGUCUCUCCAUUCUGUUCAAAAAGAUGGUAUCGCGGCAGAAUGUCUAAGUUAUAUGUAGAACUUAUGUUCCAGAACGCAACAUGUGCAACGUUUUUGGUCUGGAAAGUCAACAAUACUCAAUACAUCAUAACAGUAAUGCUUGCAAAAGGACAGUUGAAACAUUUUGUAGUUCUCCAAAUGGACGACUGGCUUUUCUUGGACAAAAGCAGAAGCUAUGAUAGUUUUUUCAGCAUAGUCCAGGAAUGCAACUCAGAUGAGAUGCCAAUGUACAAUCCUCUCAAAGUUCCGAAUGCACUUUGUGGAUGUCCUUUCGAAAAUAUCGAGAUGCCAACACAAAGAGAAGCCGAUAUUGUUUAUGUUUCAACGCAUGAUACUAGGCACUACGAAAAUGACACAAAUUUUGAAGUUAAAAAUGGAGAUCUUAUAAGGAAAUGUGGAUUUUGUCGAAAGUGUGAGUUAACAAUUGUAAAACGACUUGACAAUUCCAGUUUUGGCUUGGUUAAGACAAUGAAAAAUAAAGAAUGUUUCGGUGUAAGCUGGUAUGCUGGAGAUUUGUCAUUACAAGAAUCUCAACAACUUUUAAAUGGAAAAGAAAGUGGUUCCUUUCUGGUGCUUAAUUGUGAAAAACCGAUUGGACAAUACAUCGUUGCAAUCAGUACAAAUAGUACCGUCGAGUACUUACAAGUAGAAGAUGUUGAUGACUUUCUGUCGUUUAAAAUCAAUGGAGAGAGCCAUAAUUGCACAUCUCUAUGUGAGGUCAUUCAGGUUUUGCUAUGCCUGAAGAAGAUCUGCUUACCAACUGAAGCCAGUUAUGAUAGAAAUCGUGAGAGAUUGUUAGCAGCUAACCAACAACACAUUACCAGAAUAGGACAUAUGAUAUUUGGUAUGACACGCGAUAAGGAAGCAAAGAAAAUUAACAAUAGCACAGGCUUUGACUACUCCUAUUGCUACGAAACUUCCCCGCCAGCACUGCCAAAACACUUAAUCCAAGAAUAUGCACCUGAUGCUCUUAAAGAAGUUCGUCCGGCACCUGCAGUGAAACGCCAAAAUAAGCCAAAUCUUUCCAACAGUUCUGAAGGAAUCAAUGAGCCAAAAUACUUUGAAACUGUCAAAGAAGAAAAUACCAGCAACACUGAAAAACUGGAACAAGAACUGGAUUCCAACAGAUCGCUCUAUUCAGAUUCUAACAAUGAUGACAAUGAUGACAAUGAUGACAAUGAUGACAUUGAUGAUGUGUGCGAUAACAGUGGAGCAGAAGAGUUAUUGGACAAUUCCACGAGAUACUCGCCGCUACAGAAUGACGAUGAUGUUGCUUAUCAAAAUACUUUUACAGAACAUGAAUACGUUGCAGCAAAAAAUAAUCUUGAGACAAGUGCAGAAUUAAGGGACGCAGUAAGUUAUUGCAGCAUCGAGCAAUUCUUGUGUUCUCAUGACAUGUGAUA